AUGGCGACUACUACAGUAACUACGAGCCAGUCGGCAGGUUUAAGCGAAAGACUUGAGCUACGUGGAGCGCCUCCUUUGAAUCUUCCCACCAGUCUCGCCCCGGACUUUAUCACUCGAUUCCCCAAGCUUUCGCGCGAACAGGCCGGGCACCUCCGGCAUUUCCAUAACCUCGUAACACAGAAAGAUGGCGAAUGGCGGCACAUGGGAAGCCAGGAGCCGGGCCAGGAAUGGCUCGACGCCUAUCGCUACCAGCUGGCUACUAUGGCCUACGCUGCCGGUGCCACUCACUACCACCGCCUGCCAAUAUUGAGAUCAACCUUUAAGGCAUUGCUGGAGAAGAUGAUUCACAAGAUGCUGCUGCGAGACGUCUGGGGCUACUGGUUUCUGACGAGCCACAGCGGCAUUCUAGUUGACCCAGAUAUCAAAGAGCUCCGAAAACCCUGGGCAGACCCGGUCGUACGGGAGAAUAUCAUGUAUUCCGGUCAUCUUUUUCUGAUGGUAUCACUUUAUACUAUGCUGUUUAACGACGGGAAAUUUGAUCAAGAAGGCUCAAUUACAUUCAACUGGAAUCCCAUUUUCUGGGGAAUGGGACCUGAAAAGUUCUGCUACACCAGAAAGUCGUUACAGACUGCCAUUUUCAAAGAAAUGGAACGUGAGAAAUGGAUAGGCGUUUGCUGUGAGCCCAACAGCAUCUUUGUAGUUUGCAACCAGUUCCCGCUGAUUGCGCUGCGAUACAACGACGUCAAAGACAAGGUUAACUUGUCUCCGGAGGUACUGGAGAAAUACCAGGCAGCAUGGAAAGCGAAGGGCAUGAUCCAAGAGAACGGGUUCUUCUACGAGUGGUAUUCUCCUAAGCAGGACCGCAAGCAGCCCACUUUUGAUUUGGCCAACACUUCUUGGGCACUAGCAUUCAUGAAUUCCUGGAACUCGUCAUUUACGCGCGAAAAGAGCAACGACCUAGCCGUUGGGUUCCUUGCAAAGCCCUCCGAUAAUCAUGUGUUCAUCCCACAUCCCAGGAUCUCGUUCAAAAUUCGGGAGCUUGUCGCCUCCGAACAAUUGAAGCCAAUGGACCCAGCCACUUAUGCUAAAGCUGUCGAUGCGGUUGCAGGAGAGGUAUUGCCGAAAUCCCCGAUUCCGUAUACGAAACCUCAUUUCGCGUAUGCCAUGAUGUGGGUGUCCGAGCUUGGUGACCGCGCCGACUUGGAAGGCCUGCUUUCAUAUGUCGAUGCGACUUUUAACCCAACGUGGGAAAACGGCGGCCUAUUCUACCCCUGUCGGAGCGAAGGGUCACCAUUCGACUACGAAUCGCCAAGUGUUGAUGUAGUAGCUGGAAAUGCUGCCAUCGCCUACGGGCGACUCAACGUCUCCGACGGUCAGCGGAAGAUGUACGAAAAUCCGUGGGACGACGAGCAUUUUGCGACCAGUCCGUAUGUGAACAACGUGGAUCUAUCAAGCGGCGUGGACUUCCUGCGCGGAAAUUGGGACAGCGAAUUGGAGGCUUUGGCGGUCACCAUGAGAUCAUGGGAUGAGACCAGCAGACGGUAA